UACCAUCAAGUGGUUGGUACUCUAGCCACUGUUGACAUCUAUUCGGAUCGACCAUCACCGACCAUCAAACACCUAAUUGAACGUGCGGUUCGUAGUGGCCAUAUAGGACGACUUUCUGUCAGUAAUGAAGGCUUCGAGUUCCACGUUAUCAAGGAGACAGUCAGUAGUUGUGGAGCCGAGCAGUUCACUUGCAAGGGAGACGGUAGAUGCAUUGAUCCGAGAUUACGAUGUAAUCGAUUCAAGGAUUGCGCGGAUGGUAGUGAUGAACUGGAAGAAUACGCACUAUGUUCUCGUCUGACACCGAUCAUUCAUCCUCUGGCGUCACAUUUCGACGUUCACUCCGAUCAAACCGUUGAACUAUCGGUUACGAUUCGGCAACUCCCACCAGAUCAUCAGGUGAUAUGGUCGAAGAAUGGCGAAAUCAUUGCUCAAGGUGGUCUAACGAUCAAGAAAGAUCCCCGCAUUCAUGCGUAUCGCUCUUCUGAACGAUACUUCCUCAAACUGGCGAAUGUGACUGACGAAGACGCAGGCCGAUACAAGGUAACACUUGAAGGGCUCGGCCUAGAAGCGGUCGUCGAUGUUCGAGUGAUUCCGAAACAAGCUCAACAACACGCGCAUGCGCACCGACCUCAACAGCCAGUUCAUCACCGUCAAUACAAAGUGUCUUGUCCGCACGACCAGAAAGCAUGCCAAUCAGGCCAUUGUCUGCCGCAUUCGAGAUUCUGCGAUGGUCGUAAAGACUGUCCGGAUGGUGAUGAUGAAAGCAAUUGCAAUCAUCCGAAAUGUGCAUCCAACGAGCUACAAUGCAGAAGUGACGGUGUAUGUUUGCCGAAAUCGAUGCACUGCGAUGGCGUAGAGGAUUGUCGAGAUGGAAGCGAUGAAGCGAACUGUACGCACAAAAAGAAAACUCAACUCACCAUGAUUUUCCCACCACAUCAGGCACAUCAUUCGAACGUGCCUUGUCCGGAUGGUUCAACGCCUGAAUACAGCUUAAAGCUCAUAAGCGAUUAUUAUACGGUAGACAUUGAAAUGUGUAAGUCGAAAGAGGAUCGAGUGCGUGAUCGUGUCGCAUGCUUCUCGAUAAUUUUGCAGAAAUGA